UGAGAAAUUACACGUAGCGCUAGUUGGGUUCCUCUGUGGAAUCAGAGCAGAAGAAGUUCCGAAGCAACAAAUUUGUUUUAUGAACUUUCCUAGGUGUAGUUGUUGAAUGAUCAAUCUUUUCUCGUAUUGAAAUGAAUCAGACGGUCAACCGUCUAGCCAGUAUGCAGGCUCGGCAGUUCUGUCGUUUCUUGUACAAUGGUCAACUUGUGGGUUGUUGUGCAGAAAACAUAACCUCACUGACCUGCUAUAAGUAUAUUCAGUUCAACCUUCGGGGAUUAACUCGCAGUAAUACAACUCAAAUUCGAAAUUAUUGUUCAAAAGGAAGAGAUAGUACGUUCAGUUCUACGAGAAAUUCUGAGGCUAUAGUUUUGUACACCAACGAUAACCUAAAAUUUUUAAGGAUGGUUAAUCUGUUCGGCCUCUCUUUUACUGCAUUUUGGUGUGCAACAUCAUAUCAAUUUGCAACCAUGCGUAUUACUCCUCAAUCAGAAAAAUUGAACCUUUCUAACUUGCCUUGGUUUGCGCAGUUUGAUUUAAUCAGUACGCCAACCAGGAAGUUUGUUGCUGCUGUUGCAACAGCGUUACUUGCUGCUGGCGUAUUCUGUGGAGCUUGGAUGUACUCUGUCAGAUCUGUUGGCCAACUGAUAUUGGAAAAAGGUGGGAAAUCUGCAACAUUUGUCACAUAUAAUCCAAUUGCUUUCCGCAUGAACAAGAGAAUUUAUGCUGACAUAAACGAGAUCAGCUGUCAAGGCCACAGAUCAGUGAAUGAUGUUGUUCCUAUAAAAGUGAAGGGUCGGUGGAUGCACUUUCUUCUAUCCAGAGAAGGAGCUUAUCAUAAUGGUCCUCUUUUUGAUAGAACAGUUGGCAUCAGACGUCAAAUUUGAUAUUUGCCUCGCAAAAUGUACACACAGUUUCUAAUCAAAAGGAAUAAGGAAAAGACUAGAGGCUUGCACCUGUAUUGCAAUUGAAACACAUUUAAAAAAAAUCAAUAGUCUUAACAAAAUGUGGUAGUUCACAACUUACUUUGAAAAACUUCAUGUUCAUGUAAUUUUGAUACUUUAUGAAGAAAUAUAGCAAUGCAUUUAGUUAAUGGUACAA